AAGUGAAUACCCUUGUAUAUUGUUGUGAGUGCUGUUGUAUGAAUGUAGUCAUAAAGGACCGAUUAGUUCAGUGAAUGAAUACUCCCAGCUUGUGUGGAACCUGUUAGGUUACAUUUUAGUAACUGGCUCCCAUGUAUUGGUAGGAAAGCUGAGCUUUCAUCUAUGCGAUAUGUUUACCUCGUAAAAAGGACUCAGGACAAUGUUUGGCAACAAUAAAGUAAUAGUGUGCAUGGGAUUAGCGCGUCGUGUAAACGCAUUCCGAUACACUAAGGUACACACUCAGAUAUAGGCGACCCUCUUGCGUGAACAUCAUCACCAGCUACUCAUGAGAAGAUGAGAUGCAUAAGGACACGGAGAGACUUUGACGAAUCACUGUCAGUCAACCAUGGCAAGCUGGUAGUCGUGGACUUCUUUCGAGAUGGGUGCCCGGCGUGUAAGGAAAUGUCGCCUUUCCUUGAAUUCUUGUCGCAGGACCACACCUAUCGCAAUAUUGUGUUCCAGAAAGUAAACGUCGACGUGAACCAGGAAACGGCGACAGCAUGCAGCGUCACCCUCCUCCCCACCUUUAAAUUUUACAAGAGCAAAAGAGAGGUUGACCAACUAGAAGGAGCAGACCAAAAACAACUUGUUGCAAAGAUACAGAAACACAUGUGAUCUAUUUGUGAGACGUUUCAACGUUUAUACAGUUGGCUACCACAUGGCAAUAUACAUACACUGGUGAGGCGGGAUCAAGAGAUAACACACGAACGUCGCAUCGAAUGCUGGAAGAACCCGGUGAUAGAAGCAUGUUCCUCUACAAUGGGGGCGAUGCCAGCACUAUUGUUGAGACUUCACGUUUCAUGACUCUAAUCAAGGGGACCUUCUGUAGUAGGAAGACGUAAGAGGCAAUAUAUGUGUCCGCCUCUGUUGUAUAAUAAAACAUUUGCGAAGA